CUCCAUCUGUGACUGCAGACACACGGGACAGGUGAGGAAUCGGCACACAUUCACGGGCUUUGACUGAAUUUCACGUGCAGGUGUCCAUUUCUUUCCAGUUAUGAUGGAUAUUUCUGCGCGGAUCUUGUGUUCGAUUCUUUUCAUUUCGGUUCUUCUGUCGAGUCCAACCGAAUCCAAACGGAACCGCGGCGCGAUUCCUCAUCCGGACAAGAACAACCCGAACGAGUCGGACCAGCACCCUCAUCAGGGCGCUUCGGGACCCCGAGGGAGAGGCAGAGGCUCGUCCGGUUCCGCGGAAGAGGUUUUGGAGUCCAGCCAAGAGGCGUUACACGUCACCGAGCGCCGGUACCUGAAACGGGACUGGUGUAAAACUCAACCGCUCAAACAGACGAUUCACGAGGAGGGCUGCAUCAGCCGAACCAUCAUCAACCGCUUCUGUUACGGCCAGUGUAACUCGUUUUACAUCCCCAGACACGUCCGGAGGGAGGAAGGCGCGUUCCAGUCCUGUUCGUUCUGUAAACCCAAACGAUUCAGCACUAUGACUUUCACCCUAAACUGCCCCGACCAACAACCCCCGACCCGAAAGAAGCGCGUCCAGCGGGUCAAACAGUGCCGCUGCAUCUCCAUCGACCUGGACUGAUGUGAGU